AGCCUGGCGAACUUACAGGAUUCUUGGUGGUGUGCAUUGACUUCCAAAUAAUCGAAAUGGCUUCAACACGUCCCAGAACACGAUCACAAACAAAUGGUACAAACAUGGGGACUAACUUUUCACGAUUAGAAGCAACGCCGGUGGCUUCUAAGGAAAACGGAAUUCCUCUGAUGAUUGCAUUUAAAAGCAGCGUUUCGGCGUUGUGUGGAUUAGUGUUUGGGAUUGCAGUUGAAAAAUCAAGAGUAUUUGAGCCUGCUGUUGUCACAAGCCAGAUGCUAUUCCGCAAGUUUAUAAUGAUGAAAGUGUUUUUAACAUCCCUUACUGUGGGAAUGUUUUUUCUGUCGGUGCUUUCCAUCCUGCCAUUCACAAGAAAGAAGUAUCUUUUGUCAAGAGCAGCUUUUGUUGGAAGUAUCAGCAAAAAGGGUUAUUUUGGAGUUUCUGUUGGAGCUUUCAUUCUUGGCUCAGGGAUGGCUGUUGUUGGAACGUGUCCUGGACUUGUUGGGAUACAGAUAGGAGCUGGUGUAAGUAACGCAGUGUUUACAUUAGCUGGAGCUCUAGCAGGGACAUUACUUUACGGUCUGGUGGAGCCUUAUGUGACCAGCCUCACAAAACCUACCACGCCAAUAAAGUACCACUUUCUGUACCAGUUGAUGGGUUCCCCUCCCUUUAUAGUUUCUUUUCCUGUGUUUUCUAUGCUGGGAAUUGUUGUUUUCUCCCUUGAGAUGAUGUACCCAUGGCAAUAUGAAAUCGCAGUUCAAGCAUCAGAUAUUGUUGGCAAGCCUAUGCUAGCUAAUCCCUGUUGGCACCCUUACAUAUGUGGAACUCUGAUUGGAUGCCUACAGGUCCCUUUGGUAUUGAUUGUGGGCGAAACUAUAGGAGGAAGUAGAUGCUACUGUACUUUGAUGUCACAAGGCAUUGUCAACAACUCCAUGAAGAAACUAUCACCCUACCUUUCUAAAUUCAAAAACGGCUUUGCUAACUGGUGGCAGGUAAUAUUUAUUGUAGCAUCUGCCUUAGGGUCCUUUUUGUCCGCUACAGCUUCAGGCCAAUAUGGUAACGUGGAUGGUGUUUCUCCAUGGGUUGCAUCACUAGGGGGACUCAUGAUUACAUUUGGGGCCAGGAUGGCUGGGGGCUGUACGAGUGGUCAUGGAUUGUCUGGAGUGGGCCUUCUCAAUAUGACAUCGAUGGCAGCAGUAAUAUGCAUCUUCUGUGGUGGCAUGGUGACAGCCAACCUGCUUCAGCUGAUGUCCUAAAGAAAAACAUCCAUACUCUUUUUCUGGCAGCUUAAGUUUUAUUUGCAAAAAGUUUUAUACAGAUUGGAUAUUCAUAUAAAAAAUCAUCUUUACAUAUAUUCCAUGACUUCUGACUUUGGCAAGAUAUUGAAAAAUACUUCAGUUUGUAGACCAGUACAAAUAAUUCAUUCAUGUUGAUAAUGUUACUCAAUAUUCAAUACCAUGUAUAAUACGAUACACUAUGUUUGGUACAUAUCCAUAAUAUGAUACUGUAUGUUCUGUCUAUAUUGAUAAUAUGAUACUGUAUGU